AACUUCAACUAACCCCAUGGCGCCACUUUAUCCAAACAGAAAAAAAAUCAUCAAACAGAAAAUGUUUUGCCACACCACCACUUCCACCACCUUCCUCCACCUCUCAACUCACCACUUCCACCACCCAUCUACCCCUUUCAUCGCUAAUUUUUCUCUCUCCUCCUCCCAAAAUCCACCACCUCCCGAAACCCCAAAACCCCCAAUCUUAAACCCUAACACCCAACAAAUUCUCCGGACCCACAAUUCCAAAUCCACCUCCUUCCUCCUCCUGAACUCCCAGCAGCAACAAUGGCGGCCGAAACACGAAAACGACGACGUUUUUCUAUCAGACGAAGAGAAAGCAAGAAUCCUCGAAAUGACCCUUGUAAGAAAACGCCCUCAUCAAUUUCCGGGCUCAAUCUAUACCCGCCCACCUCAUGGAAAUAACCUUUCUCUCCCUCCCUUACACACCCUUCUGAGAGGAGAUGAUGAAGGUGAAGAAGGUGAUAUGUUAAUUAGGGCUAUUGGGAUAAGAAGGGAAGUCAGUUUGGAGAUUUUUAUUGAUGUUAUGGUUAGAAAGGGUAAAUUUGGUAUUACUUAUUCUAAAAAUUUGGGGUCUAAUUUGGGUAGUUUUAUUGAUCUUGUGAUGAUUGAGGCUGCUUCUUUGAAGAAUCUUCCUGAAUUUUCAAGGCUUUCGUUUAAUGCUCGUGCUCGAAAGUUUAUUGAGGAUUCUAAUGUUGUUCAUCUAGUUAGGUGGCUUAAACACAAUUCAUUGUCACACCCUCAGAUUGGUAGAAUCAUAUGCAUGGCAAAGGGGGAUGUCCAGUUGAUAAGGGAUCAUGUAGAGUGGUUGAAGUCAAUUCAUGUCAACGGAAGAUACAUAGGAGUUGUAUUCACGAGGGUUGGGGAGACCAUUUUGAGACGUAGCAUAGAAGAAAUGGAUGAGAUUGUUGUGUAUCUAGAGGCCAAAGGUGUGAGGAGGGAUUGGAUAGGUUAUGUCAUCAGCCGGUGUUCUGAAUUAUUGGCUUUUAGUAUGGAAGAAUUGAAAACUCGAGUGAGUUUUUACACAGACAUGGGCAUGAAUAAGCAUGAUUUUGGCACGAUGGUUUAUGAUUUCCCCAAAGUUCUUGGCUUUUUUACUUUAGAAGAGAUGAAUCAAAAGGUGAACUAUCUGAAGGACUUUGGACUAGGCGAUGAAGAUGUUGGGAGACUGCUAGCAUUUAAGCCUCAGUUGAUGGCAUGUGGCAUCGAUGAAAGAUGGAAACCUCUUCUCAAGCUUCUUUACUAUCUUGGAGUCGAUCGUGAUGGUAUGAGAAGAAUGCUUGUCAUCAAACCAAUGGUAUUCUGUGUCGACUUGGAAGAAACUAUUAUGCCGAAGGUACUGUUUCUGCAAGAAAUAGGUAUCAAAGAAGAUGCCAUUGGUCGCAUGCUUGUGAAGUUUCCUCCGCUGCUAACAUACAGCCUUUACAAGAAGAUUCGCCCAGUGGUUGUGUUCCUAUUAACAAAAGCUGGAGUCACACAGAAAAAUAUAGCAAAGGUGGUAGCUUCAGCACCAGAGCUAUUAGGGUGCAGCAUUGCGCAUAAGUUGGAUGGCAAUGUAAAGUUUUAUUUAUCCCUUGGAAUUAGCCUUCGACAAUUAGGUGCUAUGAUUGCUGAUUUUCCUAUGUUAUUGCGUUACAAUGAUGAACUUCUCCGACCCAAAUAUCGCUACCUGCGUAGAACAAUGGUCCGUCCUCUACAGGAUCUCAUCGAGUUUCCCAGGUUUUUCAGCUAUUCCUUAGAAGACAAAAUCAUACCUAGGCAUAAGGUUUUGGUAGAGAAUCGGGUGAACUUCAAACUCCGGUAUAUGUUAGCAACCACUGACGAGGAGUUUAAGCUGCGAGUGAAGCAUGCAGUUGAAAGGCGACAGAGAUUUGAAUCAGGCGUUACUGCACUUAUUGAAGAUGUUACAGAUUGUGAAACUAUGGAUUAUUCUUCUGUUAAUGAACCUGACUCUAGCACAUUCCAGAGUAAGGAUUCUGAUGUAGUGUUGUGUAAUACAGGUUGAAAAGUCCUUCCUUCCAAGUCCCAUCCCUUUGUAUAUAACUCAUCAAUACUACUCGAAACGAUUGUACUUUUGUGAUGUACAUAUGGAUAGUUCAUUAGUUAUUAUUAGAUGGUGAAUGUAGCUUACAGGAAGAUGAUACUUCAUCUGUUAGCUAUUUUAAUUCAUGCUUAUAUUUCAUUGUUUAAA